AUGUGGUCUGUAUUAACAUGGAUGCGCGAUUUAGUCACUGAAUAUACUUGGUUUUGGUGGUCAUCAAAUAGUUCUGAUAGUAGAGCAAUUCUUCUUGUUGGUCUUGAUGAUGCUGGUAAAACAACAUUAACGGGUCGUUUAACUCAAAACCGUCUUAUUCAAACAGCACCAAGUGCUAAACCAUCAAAAUAUGAAGUUAAAAUUGGUUCAACUCAUCUAGCUGUAACUGAUGUUGGUGGUCAUGCACAAGCAAGACGUUUAUGGAAAGAGUAUAUGUUUGCAUCGACUCGUCUUAUUUUUAUCCUUGAUGCAAGUAAUCGUCAACGUAUACCUGAAGCACGUCAUGAAUUAAUGAAAAUCUUAGAUGAUGAAGAUGUUCAAUCAAUACCUAUAUUAAUUCUUGCCAAUAAAAUUGAUAAUGUUGCAACAGCCUGUGGCGAACAAGAAUUAAGAUAUCAUCUUCAAAUUGAAAACUUUCUUAAUGUAGAAGAUCCUCGAGUUAAAUUAUGUAUGUGUAGUAUUUCAAGAAAUGAAGGUUUUACAGAUGGUAUAAAAUGGCUUAUUAAUCAAUCAAUUAAAGCGAACGAAUAA